GGACGGGUGGUGAAGGCCGCGAACGAAGAGAACGCCAGGCUACGUUCCCAUCGUCCCCCCUUUGCGGCCGUGCGCAUUCCCCGCGGAUCUUCCCUUCCGUUGCGCUCUCUCAUUCCGACAGGUUGUCGCAGUCAUGUUUUGCCUUCCUAUUCCCUUUCUCUUAUUUAUAUAUACACCCCGUCCCCCUUCUCCAACCUUUGCUCCUCCCAGCCUCCGCCUGCUGCUCUUCUCUUCGUAUUUCUUCUUCAUACAUUCUUCUCGUCCAAAGCUUUACUUGUUCACCGGCCAUUCUCCCCUUGAUGGGGGAGGGAAAAGACAGCAGCGGUGGCAGUGGGCAUGGAGCCAUGCACGCCAACGUGCCGAUGCCGCACUCGGACCCGCUCAUUCACCAUUCGUCAGCUGACGAUGACUACUACGCGCGGCACAGCAGCUCCUCGGCCACCGCCAGCUCCGGGUACUACUCGGACCACCCCACGGCCGCGAGCGGUGACAGCUCCCCCUUCGUCAUGUCCCCCUGGCACCAGAGCGCCCCUUAUCCGCCCUGCGACCCCGCCUCCGCUGACGCCGCCGCGCUUCCCUGCACGGGGCUCAUAGGCUCCCUGGUGCGGGAGGAGGGCCAUAUCUACUCGCUCGCCGCCAUCGGCGACCUCCUCUACACGGGCUCCGAUAGCAAGAACAUCCGCGUGUGGAAGAACCAGAAGGACUUCGCCGGGUUCAAGUCUAGCAGCGGGCUUGUCAAGGCCAUCGUCAUCGCGGCCGACCGCAUAUUCACCGGACACCAGGAUGGCAGGAUCCGGUCGUGGAGGGUGUCCCCGAAGGACGCCACCGUGCACAAGAGGAUCGGAACUCUUCCCAGGCUCAAGGACGUCCUCCGGAGCUCUCUCAACCCGUCCAACUACGUCGAGAUCCGCCGCAACCGCAGUGCGCUCUGGAUUCGCCACUCCGACGCCAUCUCGUGCCUCAGCCUAAACGAGGAACAGGGGUUGCUUUACUCCGGAUCCUGGGACAAGACCUUCAAGGCGUGGCGGAUCUCCGACUCCAAAUGCCUGGAGUCCGUCGUUGCCCACGACGACGCCGUUAACUCCGUAGUGGCCGCCUUCGACGGGCUCGUCUUCACCGGGUCCGCCGACGGCACCGUCAAGAUGUGGCGAAGGGAGAAGCAGGGGAAGGGCAUCAAGCACACGCUAGUGCAGACUCUCCUCAAGCAGGAGUUCGCCGUUAAUUCGCUGGUAGUCAGUCCCACGGCGCCCAUCGUCUACUGCGGCUCUUCAGAUGGACUCGUCAAUUUCUGGGAGGGGGAGCACCACCCGACCCACGGUGGGGUACUCCGAGGCCACAAGAUGGCAGUGCUGUGCCUUUCCGCGGCCGGGAGCCUCCUGCUGAGCGGCUCCGCGGACAAGACCAUCUGCGUGUGGAGGCGCGAGGGCGCGGCACACACCUGCCUGUCUGUGCUCAGCGGACACUCCAGCCCCGUCAAGUGCCUCGCGAUGGAGACGGAAGCCGGCAGCGAGGAGAACGGUGGCAGCUACGCCGCCGCGAGGUGGAUCGUGUACAGCGGCAGCCUCGACAAGUCGGUGAAAGUGUGGCGGGUGUCGGAGCAGGCGCCGCUGGAAUUGGAGCAGUCGGGGGCAUACGGGGGGAGCAACAGCGGCGGAAGCAGCGGUGGCACCGGACAAGCCUAUGGUGGGUCGGUGGGCCAAGAAUUCGAGAUGCCGGUCGAGCAACUACGAGCCGCCGCAUGAGAUCUACAUGCGAUGGCGCUUAUGACUGCUGCAAAGCGGGAGCCCUCUUCCUGUGAUUCGAGGCUGAUCGUUGUGUGUGUUCCGGACUUGAGAAUUCGUGCUGCCUUGUUGUUUUCAUGUAUACGACUGAGUUGAGGGGCGAUCGGGAUGUUUGGUGUACGCGGAACAAUACGAGUUGGAUGAUUAAUUAA